CGCCGUACAUCCUCUUCGCUGUCUCUCGUAGAUGCUCUAUCCACAAUCUCGACUACGCUUACGAUUUUGUUUUUGAAUGGUUUCAGUUGCUGAAGGUUACUGGUUGAAGCAGUCAUUACAGUCGCCGUACGCAGGAUCAAUGUAUCAUGGCUCUCCAUUGCUACUCUCCAUUCUCGGUCCUCUAACAACUCGGAGGAUUGAAGGGAAAUCGAGUCAUCAUUUGUGCAGCUUGGUUUUUGUUAUUGCAGAUGUACUUAGUGCAUUGCUUCUUCGAGCUACUGGUCAGAAGCUCCAAAAGGCUUAUAGAUUGAAUUUGAGUCGACUUGGCCUUCUUACGUCAUUACAUGAUAGAGUGAUCCUCCCUUGUGGAGAUAUUGCUGCUCUUGUGUACCUGUGGAAUCCUUUCACAAUACUUUCAUGUGUUGGCUUAUCAACUUCUCCAAUAGAAAAUUUGGCUGUCAUUGUGUCUGUUUAUGGAGCAGUUACUCGACGAGUUCCUCUGGCUGCAUUUGGGUUAGUCAUGGCCACACACUUGUCUCUUUAUUCAGCAACUUUAGCGAUUCCAUUGAUCUUUCUGUUGGGAUAUGGUUUAGAUGCCCCUCCUGUAAAAAAAGUCCUUCAGACAAGACAUGUAGGAGUUGAGACGACUGGAUCAACCUCUGAUGUUUCGAAACAAAACAAGUUGACUCAGACUACACAACUUUUCUCAUGGAGAACAGUCUUGCAUUUCGUAUUUUGGGUAUUGGUGUGGUCGAGCUAUGUGUUGGUUUUGUGCAGCUUAUCAUUGAAACAAUAUGGUGGACUUGAAGAGAUGUUCAAAAGGACAUAUGGUUUCAUUCUCAGAAUCGAAGAUCUGUCCCCAAACAUUGGUGUCUUUUGGUACUUCUUCGCAGAAGUCUUUGAUUUUUCCAGAAAUUAUCUCCUGAUAGUUUUUAACUUAUAUAUUCUGCUUACGGGGAUACCACCGUUAGCCUUCCGGUUAAAACAUCGGCCCUGCUUCCUUGCUUUCGCUUAUUUAGCCUUCUCCUCGAUUCUUAAAUCUUAUCCUUCAGUUGGAGAUGCAGCUUUAUACUUGAGUUUAUGGGCAUUGUUUGUCAAUGAAUUAACAGACAUGGAGCACUCGUGCUUUAUCUUCUGUGGAUAUAUUGGAUUUUCGCUACUCAGCCCUGUGAUGCACAAUAUCUGGAUAUGGAGGGGAACUGGAAAUGCAAACUUUUACUUCGGAAAUGCUAUGGGCUACGCGUGCUUUCAGUUUAUGUUUGUGGAGAAAAGUGUAAACGCAAUGCUCAACCAUGACCAGGCGCUGAAGAAAGCUACUGCAGAAAUGACAAAGAACUGAGCCAUUACAGCCAUUUUUUAAUGUUCGGUUUUAAGAGUCUCUAACCAUAAACUAGUGGCAAAAUU